CUUCCGCAAGCAGUGCUUAUUACCCGGUCGUGCAAUAUGCACGCGGCAAAAGAAAUUCAGCACCAUCAGUUACGGAUUCCUACAAUAAUUUGCCUCUCGGUCGCCCUUGUCGCGCGCCUAUUCCAGCGCCCAGAAACCCAGAGCCAGAAAAUAGACAGUCCCAAAGGCUACUUGCUCCUUCAACAUCCCUUCUGGAUCGUUUCCAUUAUCUUUCCAUACCAGAAAUUGGCAAACAGGAGGACGUAAUCGAGGAUGAC